AUGAAAGGCCUUUCGAGUAGCCGGAGUCACCAUCAUGUGGUGUCCUAUGAGCCAUCAUAUGAUCCGCUUGGUCAGCAUGUUGACCGCAAGCCAUACUUGAUUAGUCAGAUGGACAUGCCACUUCCUAUUGCUGUGCCACAUCCAAAUGAGCUGUCCUACUACAAUGUUCAGCGUACCUCAUACCCCUCUGACAAUACCAGCAUUGUCCCGUAUGGAACCUUUCCUAGACGAUGCCAUUCCACCUCCUCAUCUCAACAUCCUGAGGUAAAGGAUGAGUGUAUGGCCAUGGUACCGUAUGUAGGAGGAGGAGGAGGAGGUGGUGGAGGCUAUGGUGGUAAAACACCCACCCGGGUACCACCAAACUUUGCAGACUCGUUUGAGCAUCAGCCAUCAUUUUCCAGAGAUGGUUAUCAUACGCUCCAAUACAAACGAGGAAUGUUGGCCCAGAGUGGGGGCACGGGGUCCAACGCCAACAAUGACAGCCCAGGGAGGAUUCGCCAUCUGGUCCACUCAGUCCAGAAACUGUUCACCAAGUCACAUUCACUGGAAGGGCCACAUCACACACAGUCUGUCAAGGGGGCCAAUAAUGGGAGUGUUAAUGGUGGUGUUGGUGGUGGAGUAGGUGGUGGUGGUGGUUCAAGGGCAAGUCCAGAGGGUGACGCUCCACCGAUGGGAGGGCGCCAGAGGAAGCGCAGCAAGAGUCGUGAGCGCUGUCGAUCAGCAGAGCCCAAACAUCGAAGCCACCACCAUCAUCACCACCAGCUCCACGGCUCAGCAUCUGCUCCGGGCUCUGGAUAUUGGAGUUCAGAUGAUAACCUGGAACGGGAGCUGUGUCUCUACCACCCUCACCACCACCAACCACCACCCUCGCCUUCACCCUCCAUUUCCCCUUCGCCAAUAGCAUUGACAAUGGGUCGGUACCCUGUCAACAACCCUGACAAGUUCCCCCAGCCACAACAAUACUAUAUGAUGGACCCUUACGGCACAAUCAGUGAGCACCCACACACCCAUACACAUCAUGGCCACUCACACCACCAUUCUGCACUCAAAGCCUCCCGGAGCCAUAACGAUGUGAAGUACGCAGCGCCAUCCUCUUGUGUCCCAGUUAGUGGUAGCAGCAAUAACAUCGGUGGCGGUAUCGGUGGAGGAAGUGGUCCCAUGCUGUCUCUGGGUCUGGUGGACGCGCCCGUCGUGAAGAAAGGGGCAUGGUCGUCGAGCUUAACGGUGAGCAGGGCCCGAGAGGUCUACACCAACAACAGCAGCCACAACCAACUCAGAGCCAGCGCAGGAUCCGCUAACCUAAACCUAGAUAGAGUUCUAGUCAAACCUAGGGGCAGUCAGCAACAGGAGCGCACUUGCCAUUUCCUACAGGUACCUCAGGAUGAGUGGAGCGGUUUCUCUCCUUUGGGGAAGGAGGAUGACAUUCCAUGUCGAAGGAUGAGGAGCGGCAGUUAUGUAAAAGCAAUGGCUGAGGAUGACAGUGGAGACUCAGACGGGAGUCCCAAACCUUCCCCCAAGAUGCAGGCACGACGUGCCAGCUACUUGAAAGCCACCCAGCCAUCACUGACUGAGAUGACCACUCUACAGAUUUCAUCAGAACAUUCCCCAAAGCUACAGAUCAGGAGCCACAGCUACCUGCGUGCGGUGAGUGAGGUUUCAAUCAAUCGAAGCCUGGACACCCUGGACCCCAAAACCCUUCUCGACCCCAAAUCGUUGCUGUCCUCACCCCAAUACCGCUCACGCAAUGAAAGCUACAUGAGGGCCAUGAGCACCAUCAGUCAGUUGAGUGAAGUGGAGGUGAAUGGGCAGAUUGAGCAGGUUUGUGAGCAGGUCUACAGCGAAAUGCAGGCUCAGGCCAUGGAGGCUGCUAUGGACAGGAUGGACAGACUGGACAGGAUGGAUAGGAUGGACAGGAUGGAUACCAUGGAUACGUUGCCCAUGCCAGGAUGUUUCCGAAUGAGGAGCCACAGUUAUGUAAGAGCUAUUGAUCAGGGCUGUGCUGGGGAGGAAGAAGGAGAAGGAGGAAGACCUUUGCUUCUGUUGCCAUCCUCUCCACCACGCACAUCUGCCACGACUGUCAGGACCAUCCAGAGCAGCACAGUUUCAUCUUGUAUCACAACAUAUAAGAAAACUCCUCCACCAGUGCCACCGCGAACCUCCACCUGCUCAACAGCCUCUAAGCCCUACAUCUCUAUUACAGCACAGAGCAGCACAGAGUCCGCACAGGAUGCAUACAUGGAAGAAGAAGGACCAAGAGGUGACAUGACUAUCCAAUCCGGACUCAGUAACUCAACUGAAAGCAUUGACAGCAUGAAGGCUUUGACUGCUGCCAUUGAGGCUGCCAACGCACAGAUUCAUGGACCAGCCAGUCAGCAUGUCAGUAACAGCACUGUGACAAUCAACACCCCUGCACCCCCAGUCUUUAGAGGUCUGAUUGUUGAAGACCACCAUGAUGACUACAGGAAAGAGGCACUCAGGAAGGGCACAUGUCUCUCCAUAGGUAUCCAGGUGGAUGGACCAGAAGAAAUUCUGGACCCAGAGGACCCAUCUAAAUUCACCUCGGUUGGUGUGCAAGUGGAGGAUGACAGAAGGUAUCGUCGCUUCCAACGCUCCAACAGUGUGACAACAGCUGUACAAGCAGAUUUGGACAUGCCGGGCCUGCUUGACACCCCUCUUGACUCCUCUGACACGGACUUAGAAGUCCUGUCAUCUGGUCUACUUUCUCGACAAUACUCCCGCGAUGCUGCUUCCUCAACUGUCAGCAUCCAGGGCUCAGGGAACCACUACCACGCCUGUGCCUCUGAUGAGUACGAGGAUGUGGGCUUUGAUCCAUCCAUUCUUCCCCCUCCAGACCCUUGGAUAGAUAGUGUCAGUGAUGAGCUACCUGAUGUGGUGCAGAGGUCAGUCUGUCAGCGAGAUGGCCGAUGGUUCCUAAAACUGCUGCAGGCUGAGACUGACCGCAUGGAGGGCUGGUGUCAGCAAAUGGAGAUGGACGAACAACGUAAUGACAUUCCUGAGGAUGUUCUGGGGAAGAUGAGGAGUGCCAUAGGAAGUGCUCAGCUGUUGAUGUCCCAAAAGUUUCAGCAGUUUAGGGAACUAUGUGAGGAGAACUUGAACCCCCAUGCCCACCCUCGUCCUGUAGCCUCUGACCUGGCUGGUUUUUGGGAUAUGCUUCAGUUGUCCAUUGAGAACAUUAGCCUCAAGUUUGAUGAGCUUCACCAACUUAGAGCCAACAACUGGAGACCCUUAGACCCACCUGAAAGAAAGGAGAGACGGCUUCCGCCUCCAGUACCAAAAAAGCCACCAAAGGCCCCGCUCCACCACCCACCUCUGGCCAGAGAUCGCUCAUUGGAGAGUUCAGAGAAACAGCGACAAGAGGCUAGGAAGCGCUUGAUGGCCGCCAAAAGAGCUGCAUCUGUGCGACAAAACUCUGCCACAGAGAGUGCUGACAGCAUUGAGAUCUACAUCCCUGAGGCGCAGACAAGACUAUGAGGACAUUCCUGAGCAGUAGAGUACCUACACCAUACACAACAUUACAUAUUGUUUACAUGUCAAUUAUUG